GCUUGUUUCUUGAAUUUAUCAAAAAUGAGGCACUAUCGAUGUUUUUGUCUACAAACAAUCGAAAGAGCAACAGCUGGGAAUCGAUCGCCUUUUAAUUCAAUAACAACAUAAUAACCAAACUCAACGUGCAAGCUGGUUCGGGUACAACACACUCAAGGUCUCUAUUGGUAUUGAUAAACACUCCCAACAAUUUGCGAAAACUAAACGCAAACCAAAGAUUCUAUAUAUGUUACAUAUAAGUGUUAUAGAAUUUUUGCCCAAACCAAGAUGGUUCAGUUCAACGUCAUCGAUAUAACGUAGCAAGACUUCUUAGAACAUAAGAUAACGUAAGAAGCAAAAUGAGUCAACACGCUAGCGGUAGUAAUAUUGCCAAAGCAGUUCCCGCGGAAAAUAGAAAGAGAGAAGCUGAUGGUGCGAAAGCCUCUGGCAGUGAUGACGCACGCAAUGCAAAGCAAGCCAAAAUCGGGACGUCUCAUACAACUGGUCUCCAUUUAAACGAGGAUUGCUGGAAAGUCGUAAUGGAUUAUCUGGACGUAAAAGACCAGCUAGAGCUCGCGUCUUCGAACGUGUUUAUGGGAGAGAUGUUCAAGAGGUACGCAAGCCAUCGGUACAAACAUAUGAAUGAAUCGCUCACGAUAAGGAUUGGCGACACACCAUAUCUGCAGAAACUGUUGCAGAUUGUUGGCGAGAAUCUGGUAACCUAUGAGCAACCAUUGACUUUCGAUCAAAUAAUAUUCCACCUGGAGGACCAUUGUAGGAAUGUCAAAAAUUUGAAAAUGGGCUUUGACCUGAACUCGAUAGAAUGGCCCCAUCUACUCAGCUUCAAAAAGAUCAAAUCUUUGGACACUGAAAUAUGGUCAGACCAUGCACUACAAGAAGACAGAGAUAAGUUGUAUACGGAAUUUGUAAACAUUCUCAAGCAUUUGCCGUGCCUAAAGAAACUGAAGUUGAAGGCUGUCGAAUAUAACGGAGGAGGAUUGCAUUAUCUUGAACAGCUGGAAUCUCUGGAGCUGGAUGUCCAUGAGGAUUUCGAUGGCAAGAACUUGGAGUAUUGCUGCCAAACGAUAAAGCAACUACGCCAUCUGGACAUUGCACAUACUAGAAACCUCACUAAGAACAAUUUUGAAAUUCUGGUGACGAACUGGCAGCAGCUGGAACGUCUGGCCUUUUCUGUACAGUGCUUCGACUCAACGAUGCCCUAUGAGCUGGUCUGCCAGUUGCCCAGGUUACAACAUUUGCAGGUGGUGCAUGACGGUUCUGUACGCGACUCGUUAAUCGAGGGAUUGAUCAACAAAAAGGGCUCUCCUCUGGAAAGUCUUAUCCUGGGACCAGACAAUUUGUCCGUGGAUCAGGUUAAACGUCUUUGCAAUAUUUCUACACUCAAGGAACUCGAAGUAGCCUGCGACACCGUCCCCUUGGCGGACUUACUGAAGCUGAAGAACCUUCUAUACCUCCACAUAUCCAUGCCAAUUACGAAUGACCAUGUUCUAGACCUUCUAAAGGGGCUUCCGCUCCUAAAGGUUCUCAAUAUACAAGUUUACGAUAUGAUAAACAAAGAUAACUUAGUGGAUAGUGUUCGUACCUGGGUGAGCGAACAGAAGGAGCAGCGUGGGAAGAUACAAAUCUAUUUCGAAUUCUAUAUGCGCGAUAUUUUGUAUGCUAAUCAUUUGGUUGAAAUCAAAAUUGAUUGCUUAGAUCCCAUAUUAAUAAACAAAGAACUUAGUGAACGAGUUUAGAACUACCAAAUAUACGGGUUUUUUCUUGAA